GCUGGAAAACCUGAAGGGGCGGCAGCCAGGCCUCCCUAGUCGGCCGGGUGUGGCUCUCCUCGAGAGGCUAUCGGCAGAGCUCCACAAACUCCACAGCAACUCAGCCCCAGACGGACAGUCUGACGGAACGAAGACACCUCUCAGCCCACGAGCACGAUCGGUGCCUCUCAGAAGAUGCAGGUGCUCAUGCUGCUGCUCGCCUCGGCAGGCACCUGCCUGGGCCUGCUGGUGGCAACUGCGGCGGACACCAGCCCUGCCCGACCGGACUCCCCCAGCCUGCUGCCCACCCACCGGCGCCAGAAGAGAGACUGGAUUUGGAACCAGAUGCACAUUGACGAAGAGAAAAACACCUCGCUGCCCCAUUAUGUGGGCAAGAUCAAAUCGAGCGUGAACCACAAGAACACCAAGUAUGUGCUCAGAGGAGACUCUGUGGGCAAGGUCUUCCGGGUCAGGGAGGACACAGGCGACGUGUAUGCCUUUGAGAGGCUGGACAGGGAGAAGAUCCCAGAGUACCACCUUACUGCCCUUGUGGUAGACAAGAAUACCAACAAGAACCUAGAGUCUCCGUCCAGCUUCACCAUCAAAGUUCACGACGUGAACGACAACUGGCCUGUGUUCACGCACCGGCUGUUCAACGCCUCCGUGCCAGAGAUGUCGGCCGUGGGGACCUCCGUCAUCCGUGUGACAGCAGUUGAUGCAGAUGACCCUACUGUGGCAGACCACGCCUCUGUCAUGUACCAAAUCCUGAAGGGAGAAGAAUAUUUUGCUAUUGAUGGUUCCGGACUCAUUUUCACGACAACCAAAACCUUGGACCGAGAGGUGCAGGCCAAGUAUGAAAUCGUGGUGGAAGCGCGAGAUGCCCAGGGCCUCCGUGGGGAGUCAGGCACAGCUACGGUGCUGAUCACUCUGCAGGACAUCAAUGACAAUUUCCCCAUCUUUACCCAGCCCAAGUACACAUUCGCCGUGCCUGAAGACAUCCGUGUGGGCAGCUCCCUGGGCUCUCUGUUCGUUGAGGACCCAGACGAGCCCCAGAACCGGAUGACCAAGUACAGCAUCGUGCAGGGUGAAUACAGGGACACCUUCACCAUCGAGACGGACCCCAACCACAACGAGGGCAUCAUCAAGCCCAUGAAGGUUUGUAGGCAUGCAGCGAUGACAUCAGAUGUGGGGUUUGGGGCUCCCCGCAUUCCCAGGACUCAUCCAGGGGCUACCACAAGGUCAGAGGCCAUCAAAGGUGUCCAUUCUGGGUCAGCUCAGAGCUAGCCUUGCGCUCUUAGAGCUUGUGACCCCAGAGCUGGGAAAGGGGAGCCAGGAGAGAAGGGUCAGUGCCUUAGGCUGGGUUACCCCAGAGGCAGACCUUAAGGCAAGGAUUUGGGUGUAAAUCAUUUACUUGGGAAGUGACGCCCCAGGAGCAGUGCCACAUAAAGGGAAGAACACAGGCUCCCUAUCAGGUUAUCACUGCGGGCAAGGGGGGCACAGUCCCACCGGGGACAUCUGAGGAAUGGUGUGGAAUAGGCCUCAGAGUUGCAGGAGCUGAGCAGGAGGAACUGUGGGGUUGGCUGAGGGCUUCAGGGGGCUUUCACUCUUGCACUUUCUGGCCUGCCCUGGGCACCCGCGUCACGGAGAGCCCCAGUAGUGUUAUAGGCACUUGCAGCAGAGAGCCAUGGCAGGGAAGGAAGCAAUGAGUGCUGUGGGGGUGGGGGUGGCCACUGGCAGUGGCUACUGCAGACAAAGCAGUCAGACCAACUGUAUCUGGAAGAGGAGGGAAGGGACACAAAAUGCCUCUAGAAUGGCCAUGCCGAGGACUGGGGCUACCUGGGCCGGGGAUGACCCAUCUCAAAGGGGACAUUCUAGAACCCCCCUGCCUGAGCUGGGCCAUUCCCCCAGGAGCACUCUCCUGAGGCUGUCCCUGCUCCAGUCCUGCACUGGGGACUGGAGGCACCCAGGGGACUCAUACAACCUCCACAGCACCGAAGCUCCCAGUGAGUGGGGAAGACACGCAUAGACCAACAGGGUAGCCACACGUAAGUGCUCCAGCUACCCAUGCAGGGAGCAACUGCCUAUGUCAGGGGGGCAGGACAGGUUCUGGAAGAUGUGAUUACCUUCGGAUCUGUCUUCUUGAGGGGUGAGUAGGAGUGUGCUAAGUGGGCAAAGGCAGGAGAAGCAUCUUGAGCAAAGACAUAAGGAAAAGGCACAUUGUUAAGGAGCUGUGGAUAGAACGACUAGCUGUGAUCCCCUAGCGAGCAGGACUGUGGCUUACCCACUGGGUGUCUUCAACACUUAGAACAGGGCCAGUCACAGAGCUAGGGUUGGGAGGCAGCCCCGAGGCUGCUGAGAUGCAGUGGGGGGCAGCCGAAGAUAGCCAGUGAGCCCCAGCCGCUCUCCC